CAUGAACAAAAGCUUCACUUGAAGAAGCCGUCUUGCUUCUAGCGCGCAGCCGCCAUGCAUCUGCUGACGGCCUUGACCGCCCUAACGGCCCAAACGGUGGAGGGGCGCUUGAUCGCUGCGGCGGUCUUGCCGCAUGGAGACUUCGCUUACGAUCCCAAGCUGGUGAACGACACAGGUGGCUCGCUGCAGCUCCACCAGGCGGCGCAACGCUUGGGUCGCGAAGCGCAGACCGCGUCGCCAGAGCUGAUCUUCCUCACCACGCCACAUGGCCUGGAACUCUCGGAGAGAUACCUCUUCUACUUGAAUAGUGAGAAUCAAGGUGCCACGCCCCUGGACGACAUGCCACACCAAGCAGCCGGGCGCAAGGUGCCUUUGAACUUCACCACGCCCAGCGACCUUGGGCGAAAGCUCUUGCUGAAGCUCCAGGAGUCCUCUUUGCCCGUGGAGGGCCUGCAAGGCUUUUCAAAUUCACAGCCGCUGCCCAUCAGUUGGGGCGAGAUCCUGCCAUUGACGUACUUGCGAGCGUAUGGGCCCUUACCACCGGUGCUGCCGAUGUCCUUUCCCCUCAGGCGCUUCAACCAUUCAGCGGAGAUGUUUGAUGAGUUGCUCUUGUUGGGAGCUCGCAUUGGAGAGUUUCUGGAUGCACUGCCAGAGAGAGUUCUGUGGUUGGUCUCCGCUGACCUGGCUCAUACACACUUGCAAAGUGGUCCUUAUGGCUACUGCCCUUGUGCGGAGCCCUAUGAUCAAGCUUGCAGCCAGUGGGCUGCUGCUGGCGGAUCCCAAUCCUCCAUGAGGGCGCUGUCCGAAGCGCGUCGUCUUCAAGGAGAAGGCGCCAUGUCUUGCGGCUUCACCGGUCUGGUGGCUCUACAGGGCGCGUUGCUGGGCAGGUCUUGGCGUGGAGAAGUCUUGGCAAAUGAGCAUCCCACCUACUAUGGCAUGAUGGUAGCGAGGUUUAUGCCAUCCGAGCUUCUGCUAGCGUGAGAUGGAUGUGAAAAAGACAGCAGUCUUUGGCCGGAACGGCAGGCUAUGCGAUGUUGUAGUGAUCCCAAACUAGACGGGCAAGUGAAUUCACUUC